AUGUCUGUCAUCGAGGUUAGUUUUUUUUGGAUUUCUUCGAUAGUUGAGCUAGGGUAAACCUCCUUUGAAACAUUCUGGAUAUUUUUAUUUCUAGAAAUACACAUUAUGUUCUCUGAAAAAAAGAUAAAACAAUAUCUGAUUUGAAAACGUUCUAAAAAUAUAAAUGCAAUAUUCAUAUAUAUUUUCAACUUGAUUUUAUGAGCUCAAUUCUGCUAUUUUUUCCUGAUCAAUUUGAUGCUUUCUUUCUAUACACAAUCUGUUCUCCAAGUUUUUCUAGAAUUUGGAACAUUUCCAGCUAAAAAGUCAAUCGUUUUCUCUGAAAAUAUUUGCAGAUCUGAUAAUCAGAUAAUCUUGAAGAAAUUCGGUGUACUCUUGAUCUAUAUUUUAUUUUAUCGUUAGUUGUAUUUUCAAAAAAAAAACAUUUCACAAGAAAAAUUCUAGAUAUUUAAUUUCGUUUUUAAUCCAAUUAAUAUCAAAACCGUAAUUACGAAAUUCAACUACAAACCAGAUUUUUCCUCAAUUUCAAUCACACCUGUACAUAAAUUCUUAUAUCAAAUUAAUUUUUCCCUAAAUAAUUUUUAUUAUUCUAAAAAAUGUUGCCAUCCGGCUAUUAAUCCAAAAAUCCCAUAAAAUUCUGCGCAAUUAGUCAUCGGUCCACCGAACAUUUUAUACAGUUUUUUGUCUUCCAAAUGUAUUAGUGAUGAAAAAUGUGUCUCCUCUUCCUUAGGUCGGUCGUUAAAUUUUUGUCUCUACAUAUUCGCGCGUAGUUCUCUUCUCUUUUUUAUAUUUUUAGUUUUGAUUUUUGUUGUUAUCAGCAUAUUAUCAGCAAACAUUUUUCGUGUGUUCAUUUUCCUUUUUUACUUUGCUAAAACCAUGUACUUUCUAUUUUUCUUAUGUUCUGAUGACGUUAGAUUUGUUAUUCUUCUCAAUUUUCCGUUUUUUUUCAAAUAAAAAUUGAAGCCCUACCCAAUUGAAAAUUUUGUAAAAAAAAGCGAUUUUCAUUUUCCCAUAACACUUUGUUUUAUACUCAUUUUCACAUAAAAAGAAAAAGAAAAAACGAAAAAAAGUGUAACUGUUUUAUUUUCUGAUGAUAUAGUAUUGUAACAAAAAGAUAUAUGGUUUUAUUUCAUUAGUUUUUUCGAUGAUUCAUUUUUAGUUGAGUGGUUCUGAAUCAGAACUUCUGAUUUCUCUAUCAAAUGAAGUUUUUUUUGAAGUUUUCGAAAUUCCUGGGGUAGAUCAAAAAUAGUGUGUUACUUCCUAGAGUAACCCAAAUAAAGUCCAGAUAUCCUGAAACCUCAAUACCACAUAAAUUUUAAUUGAAAGUUUCAAUUAAAAAGUGAAUCAUAAUUUGUCCCAAUUUCUCUCUUUUCAUCUCUAUUUAUUCUUCAUAGUUAUUUUUUAUAUUUAUAUAAAUACAAUAGUUCAAUUUUCACUAAACCACAUAAUAUAAUUGUUAUUGUUAUGUAGUACAUCUCUCAUAUUUUUUUUUCAAAAUAAAAUGUAUAAACGUGUUAGUUUAUGGCUAACUAAACACAUUCUGAUUGAUUGACUGACACAAUAAUAGGCUAGGGUAAAACUCGUAGAAAAGCCGAGUUUGCCAAAAAUAGUAGUAAAAAUAAAUACAAUAAAAAUAAUUUUCUCUAUCAAUAUUAAUCAAAAAAUGCGGUAAAGUCAAUAAAAAAAUCUCAAGAUUUCUACUUUUUUCCCCAAAGACAAGUCAUUUUCAUUCAUUUGGCUUCAAAAAAGUUUAUUUGCUAUUUGUAUUAACCUUGCUGUUUGGAAUUAGAAGUGAAAAAGAAAACUGUUCCGAUAAAGAAGAGGAGACCUUCUCAAAUAUUAUUAUUUUUAUUCAAGGGUCAUUUUAUUGACUUUUAUUACCAUCAAAUAUGAGACGAGUUGUUGUUUGUCAUAAGAAAAAGGUAAUUUUUUGUGAUAUUUCUAUUUCUAUCUGUGAUACAUUUUUUAUGAUUAUUUUGAAACUUCGUACGUUCUUAGAAAAACAAAUUCUGAUGGUUUUUUUAGCUCAUGUGAUUUAUAAAAUUUCCGAGUAAUUUUCAGAAUUUUCACUGAAAAAUUACAAACCGAUCAAUGCUUUUUACAUUUUGUGUUUUGGUUAGAAUAUUUUUGAUGACCAACACUUAAUUCGAAUCACUUUUUUGAGUUAGCUCACAUGAUUUUGAAAAGGUUAUUUUUAUCAAAUUUUCAGAGAUUAAAAAAUUUGAUUUCAAAAAGAAUCGGAAUUAGUGGAUGUUUAUGUGUAGAGUUUUUCACUUUUUCUAACUAAACAACCUAAACAAUUUCAAAAUUUAAACUCAAGGUUUUUUUUCCAGAAACAGUAUUCUUUUGAUUAAUUUCUAUUUUUCUUUGAUAAAUUUAUGAUAAAUUUUAUUUAUUCAACAAAAAGAAGCCUGAAAAUUUCAAAAAUAGAUUUUUCAUAUUUAAAAAUCAUCAAAACAACAUAAGUUUUCUAAUGUCUCAAAUCAUAAUUUCAACUAAAAUAUAUAUUUUCUGUUGUUCAAGGCAUAACCAAUUCAAUAAUCUAACUCGAUUCCGGAUUUUUCUGUUCUCUGAAAUUUUUCAAUCUAUCCUAGAACCUCAAAAAAAUUUUACAACUUUUUUUCCAAAUCUGCUCCUCUUUUUUGCAAUUAUUUUUUUGUUCUUUUUCUGACCUUAAUUCUAUAUUUCUAAAGAAUAGAAUUCAUAAUCGUAUCUCAAAACUUCAUUUGUCGGCGAAUGUCUUUUGAAGUUAAGUAUAUUUGCGCUAAAAGGUAACUAAUAGAAAUGUUAUUAUGAGCAAAAUGGAAAAUAAUAAUAAUAAUGAAGAGCCCACUAGUUGUGUACCCAAAAAGAGCAGCAGCGGGAAAGAACAAUAAGGGACCAGCUGGCUUUUUUUCUUUAUUUUUGCUCAACAACUCAAUUUUUGAUUGUUUGUAGAUAACAUGAAAGAUUUUGAAUGCAUGAAGGCCCGGUGCAAACACAUAUGUUGCAUUUGGAUUUUUUUUGGUUGAAUUAAUUUUCGAUUUUUAGGAGCAUUUUUGAAAAAAAAAUUGUGAUUUUUUCAAUAUUUUUUCUCAACCCUGAUUUGUUUGAUUAGAGGUUGAAAAUUGACAAGAGCUGAUUUUUAUUUAAAUUUCUGAACUAAAUUUACUGAUUACUAAUUUAAAAUCAACAAUUUUCUAUUCUCUAGAUUGUUCUGAUGUUUGUUGACAGAUUUUUCAUCUUUUUUUUAGCUGGAAAUUUUGUUCUGCAAAUUGUUUUCUUACAAAAAUUUCCUGCAAAAAUUCCUGAAGAUUGAUAAAGUUUCUGGUUCAAUUUUUUCCACAUACAUUUAUGAUUCUCAAAGUUUUUUCAAUUUCCAGUUGAUAGUUUCGAAAAUCUAGCAAAACAUAUUUGUUUCUAAAAAUUUAUAUUGUCGCUUUUUUUUCUGUUCAAUCAUUUAAUUUAAUUUCACAGAUUUUCAGAAAACUUUGAUCCCAGAAGUUUUUUUUUUUCGGAAUUUUUUCCUCACAUUUUUUUCAAACUUUUCAAUUUUGUUGAAACUUCAGGACACAGCCUAACAUAGGAUUUUAAAAAUCAUCAAAACACAUUACCCAAUUUCUCUCCUUUUUUUCUGAAAAAGUCCAUUUAUACAUGUUCAGAUGUUCAUUGACUAAUUCAAUUAAACUGGAAAGAAUAUUUUAUUUUUUAUUUAUUCACACACUUUUUCACAAUUCGAGGAGGGAUCUACAUAUGAGAAAAAUUCCUUUUGGAUUUUUCCCAUGGAUACUUCCUCAAAUUGUUAUUGUUACGCUAAAAAGGCGUGGCCUCUCGGGAAAAAUACAAUAGAAAAAAAUUAUGACUAAUAUGGUAUACUGAUUCUGAACUAUACAAAUUUUGAGGUCUUUCUUCUUCUAUUUUAUUCUUUGUGGUUGUAAAAUUUUAUUAAAAUUGUUUUUGAAAAAUGAAUUUCAAAGAAGAAAAACGUUUUUAUCCUUAUUUAGUAAAAAAUAAAUAAAUCAUUUCAUUUUUUGCAGACAGGCAGAAUGGAUGGGUUUGCCGAGGCGAACCUUUUGUUGACAUCGGCGCUCGAACAACUUGAUGACAUUAUAAAAAAUGGUAUGUCACUUUUUUCCUCAUUUUUUUAAAAUUCUACUUUGUGUGUUUCUGUUGUUUUCCAUUUGGGAAAUUAGUUUUCUUUUAGGGGUGUUUUUGAGGGGAAAACAGAAGGAAAAGGAGUUGUAGAGUCAAAUGUGAAAAACUUUCUACUGUAGGAUUUAGAUUGUUUCUCCUACGUUUUAAAAACUUUUGAGAAUGUAGUACAACUAUUUGAAUAAACCCAAUAUUUUUUUUUGCUUUUUUUAUAAAGCUCAAAAUUUAGAAUAACAAGCUAAUACCAAAAACUAUCAGGUGCAAAAUAUACACAAAGAAUAAUGUUGAAAGAUUUUUGUAGAUCAAAAAUUAUUUUUUGAAAAAAAUGUGUUACAAUUUUUGUUGAUGCUUUUUUACUGUUUCUAUUAUUCAAAUUUUUAAUAAGCCUCCAACUUUGAAGUUUUUUCGGUGUUUUGAAGCAUUUAUAAAGUACAUACUGUUCAGAAAUAGUGAAAACUGUUUUCAAAAAAAAAAAAUUUCUGGUUUAGUAUCUAGUUUGUUUUCUACGUAAUCUUUAAAAAUCUUACAAUUAUUUUCAACUCUAGGUAGAUCAACAUUCAAAUUGUAAAUUAGAAAAUUUCCCUAAUUUUCUUUCUUCCUUAUUUCUUUCCAAAACCGUUCAAUACAAGAACACAUACCUUUUAUCAAGCACUAUAAACAAGAAAAACAACGCUCAAGUUUCACCACCCAUCAAUUUCAAUUCACCCAGGUGUCAAACAAGGCAGCCGGUCAAGAAAUUGUAUGUGUAUGUGUAAAUGUGUGUGAGUGCGUGUGUGUGAGUGUGUGAGAAAAAAAACGAGGCAAAAAGUGGAAUUGAUUGACCAACCGGUUAUAUAUUUGUAUUAUUAUAUAUGGUUUUUUCUUGCCUCACCUCACCUUUUUUCGGCUUCUGGUUAUUUAUUCUAAUUUAUUAUUUUUCUUCUUCUUAUUCGAAAAAAAACAACAUCUUAUUCCAGAAAAAAUCGAGAAAAAUAGUAGAAUUUUUUGAUGGAGUAGAAAAUGAAUACUUUGUUUCACUUCAAUUUCCGAUUCUUCUCACUUUCCCUCCAUUUUUCGCCUAUUUAAACAAAGUCUAAAUUUCGCUCAACCAGAAAAAAAUGUCAAUGACCCUUAUUCUCACCAAGAUUAUCCGUCUCGAAAUGAGCAUUUUUUGUUUCAGGCAACAAUCGAAACGGAAUUGUAGUCGGAGAAAAAGGAAGAUAUCGAGAAACACCGCCUCCGCCACCGCCACCAGUUUCGAUUCCGCCAAUUCUUUUGAGGCCAUCGAAUUUUGGAGCGAGGUCUAAAAUUAUGGAGAAUGGACAAGCACAUAUUCAUCAUGAUAAGAUUAUUGAGCAUAUUGAUGAUGGUGAGUUUCUUGAACAUAAACUGUAAUUGUUUUCUUGUUGGUUUUUUUGAGACAUAUCAGCUUGAAUUUUUCAAGCAUGUAGGGAAGUUUCGUCGCUUUGUUUUUCAAACUUUAUGGACAAUUAUGAAUAUUUCAGCCUCGGAACAUAGAAAAAGUUCCAGAAAUGACAUGUUUUCACUUUCUCAAAUACCAUAUUUCAAAAACCUCAUAUUCACUUCUUUUUCUUCUCCAUUCAAAAAUCUGAUCGCAGUUUUUUGAAAAAUAUGACCUCUAAAUUUGAGUCAAAUUUCUUUGUUGACCAACCCACAAUACCUUCCUUUUUUCAAAAAUAUUAUUUUUUGCAGACAUUGACAAUGGAAACGCCGACGAUGAACGUUCAACAAAAGAAGUGGUGACACGUCAAUGGGUGACUAGCGAUUGGAAGCAUCGAACAGGUACAUUUUCACAUGUCAUAUGAUUCAUCUUGCACUUUUUUGGUGUGUAAAAAUAGAUCAAGAAGAAACAGUUUUGAAAAAAAAUAACUAGAAAAUUGAUGAAACAUUUUUGAACCUCAACUGGGUCCGUGAGGCCCGUUAUAGUUUGUUCCAGUCUAACCCAAUCCAUCUUUCGUUAUAUUGAAACAAGAAAAAUUUUUCAGAACUUGGAUCGGAUGGUUCAUCUGGAGUCGAAUCACCACCUUCAGAUCUUCCAACAUCAUCAUCUUCACUUUUCAAUCCGCCAAGAAUUUAUCAAGAUUUUGUAAAAGCAAUCGAUGAACAUAUGAUCACAGAUCGACCCGAUUUAGAAACACGUCUCAAAAUUAUGCAAUGGGUAGCUGGAAGAACGGUUAGUUUUUUAUUUAUUUUGGAUCUGUUUGAUAAUUUAAAAGAGGGUGGUUUUUUUUCUGAAACAAAAUACUGCGUGUAAUUCGAGAUGGAAACUUUUUAUGGAAAUGUCGAAAAAAAGUUCGUGUAAACAAAUUUUGUGUGUGUGCAUGUUGAAAAAUGUUUAUUUUUUGAAAUUUAUUAUGUGUACAUAUUUUUGUUGCUAGUUUUCUAGAAUUUACUGGAAAUCGGAGAUUUUUGUUGAUUUUUCAGUGA